AUGAAUUAUAACGAGUGGGAAACUCUAGAUGCCCUAUGCAAUGACCUAGAUAGUAACCUUGCACAGGGAAUGAAUAAAUAUAAAACCUUCUGCGAAGUCUUGGUGAGGAAUAUAAUGUUAGUGACAGAAAUAGAAAAACAGUAUAAGGGAAAUAAGACAGGUUGUAAGGACAGUGUAAAAGGUAUUCCUUUAUGUGAACUCUUAAGAGUGUGGAUGUACUAUAUGAAUGCUUUUUGCGUUCCUAGGAAGGUUAUAGAACAUGCCAUUCAGGGGGUGAAAGAAGUAAGGCAGGACAUGGAUAAUGAUGGGAACUAUGCGGAAUGUUCUUAUGAUGGUGUACUUAACAUUCCUGAGCGAAAAGGAAAUGAUAUGGGAGAUGAAUUGUACGAACUAUUUGACACAACUAUUAUGCUUAAUAAAAUAAUAGCAUUAACUAAAGGGAAAUGGUGCGAAGGGGGUCAAUGGAAAUACAUGGGAAGGGCACCUGGGGGUCCGAAGCCUGCACGUGACGACAAUGGGGCGGGUGACAGUACAGUUUUAAAUAAUACAGAAUUUACCACAUUAAAAAGAACUAUUGAAAAAAUUGAGGAAGAAGUAAAGAAGGAACAGGAAGAAGAACAGAAAUUCUUGGAACAGGUCAUUGAAAAAGUCCUACCACAACCCCAACAACCACCCCCACCUGCACCACCACCAAGGAGACCAUCCACACCAAGGCAGGGACCAGCAGCUGCUGCCUGUGCCGGCAAGAAUCCCUUCUGUGCACGUGUAAAGUGUGUAACAGAACACUGGGGAAAAGACAGACAUCGCCAGGAUCAGACGGAUAAAAAGCAUAUCGAAACAUUUUGGGAUAAGGACAUCCAAAAGAGAGUGGGACAACUAUCUGCGGCUAUGACUAAUGGGGAGGAGACAGAAGAAGAAUGUAAGGGUCUUCAAGAAGAUAAUGAUAAAAAGGAUGGUGUAAAUAGUAAAGUGUGUAAUUAUAUUGUAAAGGGGUUAAAAAAAAUAUAUGGUGUUCAAACUACAGGUAGGAGUGCGAUGGAUAGGAAUAAUAGACUAUUUGAUCAAACCAUGUACUGCCUGAUGCUAAAUGUAUAUGGUGAACUCCUUAAAGAAAAAUCCUGUAUAACGGGGGACACUGUGGAGCAGGCCUUCUCUGUCAAGAUGGAUCUUCAUAAAGAUGAUGCAUGCAAGGAGACUCCAUGUAAUAAAUGCGAAUGGGACGCUUGUACAGGUGACACUGUUUAUGGUAAAAGUCUACGGGGCGAAUUGAAAACAAAGCUCCUACAUAAUCCAAAAAUAAAGGAUACUCUGGAUAAAAUAUGCCCGAAGGUUACACAACCGACGGCUGAACAGGAACCUAUUACAAAGACAGCAGAAAGUGCUCAAAAUCAAGGGGUAAGUGAAGGUUCCUCAGUUAAACCUGCUCCAGAAGAAGCAGCUGCCGCAGCACCUAAAGCAGAACCGUCUCAACCGGACCCAGCAGCAACAUCACCUUCCCCGAAGACUCGAACAGCAGAAGUAGCAGGCAGAGCGGAAAAAGAUACAGAAGAAACAGGUAAGAAAGGGAAUGAUGCUAAUGAAUCUGAUCUUCCACCAGAUAAAAUUGAUCUUCCAUUGGACGACAUACCGGAGGGAGCCAGUCGUGGUCCGCUUGAUGAGGAAGAAACGAAGUACAACAAAGGUCCAGGUACAAAUGGUAAAACUUCAGGUCCUGAAGGUAGUCUAGCAGACUCCCAUACCCCCAGCACAGAAACAGACACAGAAACACAUGCAUCUUCCAGCUCGAGUUCAUCUAGUUCAAGUUCAGGAAGUUCUUCCAGUAAUUCCAACUCCAGUCCUACUACUCCAGAUGUUGGUGCUGGUGGUUCUGGGAGUGGAGGAGGUGGUGGUGCUGCUGCUGGUCCCCAGGGUCCAGAUGGCAGUCCAACUGGUUCCCAACGUGAUCCAGGUACACCUGCUGUUCCAGGGGUAGGUGGUGUCCCAGGUGGUCCAGAUAAGCCCGGUGUUGGCGGAGGAGGUGAUGGUGUUGAUCGAACGGCAGGACAAGCACCUGGUCAGGGUCCAGGUCCAGGACAACAACCUCCCCCUCCUUCACGAGGUAAAACAUCAAGUGAUCCACGAACACCAACAGGACCACUAUUACCUAAGGGUGCCUCAGCAGCAUCAGUUGUUCCUGCCCGAGUUCAUAACAAGAUAGACAACCUUUCUGAUCUCCUUACCCCAUACCUUCCUUUGGCUCCUGUGUUCCUUGGUACUUCUGUCAUAAGUUAUCUCCUUUGGAAGUAUUUGUUCCUCGGUAAAAAAAGGAAACGUCACCGAAGAGCUCAUCAAGUAUCUGGUCCUCCAUCAUCGGAGGAACAGGUCAUGGACCAUAUGGACCAGGCAGAUGGUCCACAUGCAUAUACUUUAGUAAAGGAACGAAAACAACCAAGAUCUGCUACAACGAGAACGAGGAGACCAGAAAAGCGUUCUGGUCGCCUCAUGAUUAUUGAUAUUCAUUUAGAAGUCUUAGACGAAUGUCAAAAAGGGGACCUGCAUUCGACGACGAAAAACUUUUUUGAAAUUUUGGUUCAAGAAUUUAUGGGAAGCGAAUUUAUAAAAGAGGAAAAGGUCCCUAAGGAAGAUGUUCCUAGGGAAGAAGUUCCAAGUUCAGGUUCCGCGUUUAGGGAGGAAGACUUUGUUCCUAAGGAUGAUGUUCUUUAUGAACAGAUUCCGAGUUCAGAUUCAGCAUUUAGGGAGGAAGACCUUCUUCCUAAGGAACAGGAAGAUGUUCCAAGUUCAGAUUCUGGGUUUAAGGUUGGUAUUCCUGAGGAUGAUGUUCCUAGGAAGGAAAAAGUUCCUAAGGAACAGGUUCCAAGUUCAAAUUCCGAGUUUAGGGAGGAAGACUUUGUUCCUAAGGAAGAUGUUCCAAAUUCAGAUUUCAGGUUUAGGGAGUAG